AUGAAGAAACCAUUAGCAACGAAAAGACUACCUGUUGAGUGGAAGAAGGCAUUUGGAAAUGAUACAUUCAGGACAGAAGCCAGGACGGAUAAUCAAGUAUGGUACCUGAGAACUGCAAAGCUGGCUCUGGCCUUGGCGAUUAUCCGCUCAAAGCCAGCAGACAGAAGCAGCAGAGAACACACAGAGCACCUUGCGAGGGUCGUGUCGGGGCAGGAGUCGGAGUGGAGAUCUAGAGUUGAAACCCUGGAAGCUGAAGUUUUGCAGUUGCGUCAAAAACUUCUUCUGAGCAGGAUGUGUUCCGGAUUGUUUAAGAGUGGAGACUCAUCUUCCCAGCUGCAGGCCCAGGAGCCUGGAAGUUCUGAAAAUACAUUAACUGGGCUGGAAGAUUCUGGGUGUGAUUUAUCAAAUGAGCAGAGAACUGAACCUUCAGAGGUGUCUCAAGAUUUUGUGGAGAGCUGCACCCCCACACUCUUUCCACCACUGCCAAUUGCAAAGAAACACUGUGCGACUUCAAAAAAUCCUUUGUCUUCUCACAUGCAAUUUUUGCAACAUCUACUUGAACUGAAGAACUGGACAGGAUCAGGGAGUCUUAAAACAGACUUAAGCCACUUGGAGAACACCUCUUCCACGGUAUCUGAUUCUGUUUUUCAGUUGCUAGAAGGCCUGAUCACUUUUUACCGUGACCCAAAAUUUCCUCUUUCAAGCUUUUGGACAGAAGCUGUUGCUACUUUAGCUAGACUGCUCAGUGAUUGUAACUUAUCUAGUCAUAUUCUUAAAACGUGUUCCAAGAAGUUGGAAGAAUUUGAGAAAACUCUACUGCACAUUAUUUUAAGGAGCAACCAUAUAAAUCGGUUUCAGGUACAGCAUUGUGUGUCUCAGAGUCUGGUAACCCUGGGAAGUUGCAGCUUGUUGAGAAAAUCUAUAAUAUCUCUGCUUCUAUCAGAAGUAAAUAGCUUCAUUGAUGAUCUGGAUACCAUCAAUCAGGUGCAAGCCAGGUAUGAUGCUUCACGCUAUGAAAAUAUUUUCUCCCUCUUUUGGGUUCUGGAGCAGCUUCUUCAAAAGGAAAACGAAGAAGGCAAUACUUUGAGUUUGGGGCAUGAUGAUCAAGAAAUCAAGAAGUUUCUUCAGAAGCAUGAUGACGCUGUUUUGCAACUCUCUGAUACAUUUCCUUUAUUUACUUUUUAUUUAUGGAGACUGGGCAUUCUCUUGAACUCCAUAGAAAUAAAAACUGUUGAAAAUAACUCACUUCCUUAGCAAUUUACCAAAUA